AUUGUUUUUUUUUUUUUAAAAAAAUGAAUUCACAUUAUGAUGAUGGGAUUGAUAAUAAUCCUGUUGUUUCUUUUAAAAUUACCUCAUGUGUGACGGUGACGAUGAAUUUAAGUUGAUACGAUGCUGCAAGACGGAGCAAUGUAAUCCAAUGUACAGUGUCUUUUUUUUAAUUUUUUUUUAUACAUUUUUUUAAAGCAUUAUUAUAUCCUAUAUAUAAUUUUUUUUUCGUAUCUCUUUGUGUAUAUGUGUGUGUUAUAAAAGCAGUGGGAUUUAACGACAAAGACAGUUUUAUACGGGUGGGAGUGACGCGAAUCGAAAUUUCGCCGUAAAAUAGAAACAAUAAUAAAAAAAAUAAAUAUAAAAUUCAAAAAAUAAUCAUAAAUUAAUAAAUAAUAAUAAUCAAUUAUUUAAGUUAACCAAAUAAGGAUAUUUAACAUUGCAAUUUGUUUACGAAAAAUAAUAUUUUACAUCUUUUUUUUUUUUCUUCUUUUUUCGCCGCCAUUUCUACGAGUCACACAGCAACAGCGCCUUGAGGGGUUUUAACAAAAAAAAAAAAAAAAAAAAUUAAAUAGUGUAUUUGUGUGUGUUUAUACAUAUUAAAAAUAGAAUAUAUAUAUAUUAAAUAAAUUUUCCAGUACAUUGUGAAUUUUAAUAGUGAAUUUUUGGAGUUAAACGAAAAUAAUAAUCAAUUCGAAAUUGUGGCUAAAAAAUUUUGGAAUUUAAUAUUGAUAAAAGAGAAAAAAACAACUAAAAUAUUUAUGAUUCAAGAUAAUUAAAAUGGUUUUAUUAAUGCUCAUUCAGCCAAUUGAUACAACUUGAAACAAUGAUGAUAAUAAAAUGACGACUGUAUCAUAUGAAUAAUUAAAGUAUGAUAAGUCGAUAAGAUUAAGCUAAGAUUUGUGUGUUUAAAAAAAGAAAAUUUAAAUAAGUGAAACAAGUGAAACAAAAAAAAAAAAAUUAAAGCUUAAAAAGUGAAUAUAAUAUCGAAAAAAAAUUUAGUGAAUAAUUGAAUAAUAAUUGAAUUAAAAAGUAUACGAAAUAAUUAAAUAAAUUAAUAAUUAAUUGAGAAAAAAAUACGUUAUUGAAAAUCAGUGAUGGAUGAAUGGGAGUAAGCACGGCGCCUGAACAGCACAGGCGCGGGUUUACGUGCCGGUGGGAGCCUCUGGAUGUCGAGGCAGUGGCACCAGCUACGUCAGUGGCAGUGAUGGCACCUGCUCUGACGGAAAGUGGUCCUCAAAAGCCUGAUAAUUUAUUAUCACCAUUACCGUCUAGUGGUUUUUUAACCAAGGAACAGGCUGCGCAGGUCUGCCAUAAUCGUGAGGUCCUGGCAAAGUUUGUUGUAUCAGCAAACGUUCAACCAACAAAAAUUGAUGAACAUUGCCUGCGCGGUAUAUCAAAAGACCUCAUACGUGAUGUCAUCAAUUCAAAAUAUGUUAAUGGUCUCGAUAGUCUGUCAAAACUCGCGAACGAUAGUGAUUUGAUCGCGAGUAAAUUGACAGAAGUCGAGACAGGAAACUUGGAAGACGAGGAGGAAUCAGGUGAUAUUGAAGACGAUUACGCUAAACAACAACUACAACAACAAACACAACAUCAACAACAAUUAGAUAAACAAGAAGAAGAAGAUAAUAAUAUUGUUAAAUUAGAAAAAGAAAAUAUUAUAAAUAAUCAAAUAUAUAUUAAUAACAACAGUACAAAUAAUCAACAACAACAACAAGAAUUAGAAAAUAAUAUAAAUAAUUUAAAGCAUUCGUUAUUUUUAACGGAUUGCAAUAUAAUUGAUGAGAGUGACGCUAUAAUGAGCGAACCAUCUGCGUGUGAUAAUAACGACGAGAUGGGAUUUAUAAAAACAAAUGAUGAUGUCAUACCAAUGAUACCAAUCAUUGGUAAUGAUGAUUUAUCAGAUAAUAAAAAUCUCAUUGAUGAUGUUAAAAAUAUAAUGGAAUUAACAAAUGAUUUAUCAACAAAUGUUGUUGGUGAUAUUACAAGUAAUGUUGAUGAUAUAUUACAAGUAUUUAAAUCAAUGGAAGAAAAUGUUGAUAAUAAUAUUGUUGAUACAAAUAAUGUUAAUGAUAUUACAAAUGAUACAACAAAUAUAUUUUCAAUAAAUGAAGGUUUUACAUCAUUUGAUGAACGUGUAUUUAAUGAUGUUGAUGAUAAUAUUGAUAUUGGUGAUGUUAUUGAUCAACAACAACAACAUGAACAUGAACAACAUCAACAACAACAACAACAACAAUAUGAACAACAACAACAGCAACAACAACAUCUGCAUUUACAACAAUUACAACAAUUACAAUUAGAGCUACAAUUGAGUGAUGAAAAUUUACGUAUACAACAAUUACAAGUUGAUGAACAACAAUAUAAUAAUGAACGUAAAUGUGAAUUUUUAUUAAGACGUUUACGUAAAAUACAAGCUAAAAUUAUUGGACGUCAUGUUGCUGAAGAGUGUCAUGGUGUACUUGAAAUAUCUCAUAAUAGUGUUAAAAAUUAUUUACUUCAAGAAAUAGCAAAUAUAAGUGGUUCAAAUAUAACACAAACUGCUAUUAAAUUACCAGAUAUUGGUGGUAAUAUUAAUACAUUUUUACAAAAAAUUGAAAAAUCAUGUUUAGCACAAAGUAAUAGUGUUAGUCGUCAACGUCCAUCAUAUCGUUAUUUUGGUGCUGGUUCACGUGAUAAUAUAACAAGUGGUAAUAAUACAAAUAAUAAUCGUCAUCAAGUAUUUGGUGCAGCACAAGUUAAAAUUGAUGGUGAUGAAGUUGAAAAUAUUGCUGGUUCAUUGGCAAUGCAACUUCAUACUGUUGAAACUAAAAUUGAUUCUGAUUGUACUGCAUCAAGUAGUGGUGGUGAAAGUUGUGAUGAGAUGGAAACAUAUAAUAAUUUACAACAACAACAAUUACCAAUUACAAAACGUGCAGCAUGGAAAUAUGCCCAAGAUCGUGCUGGUAUUGCAGCAAGAUGGACAUGGCUACAGGCGCAAAUAACAGAUUUAGAAUUUCGAAUACGUCAUCAUAAUGAGUUUCAACGUCAAAUAAGAUCAACAAAGGGACAUGUUGUAUUGAAAAAUGUAGAAUCAAUUAAUGGCUAUAGUGGCUCAUUGCCUGGUUCAACGCCAACACCAUCACCAUCAUCAUCAUCGACAACAACAACUUUAAAUGAGGAUGAUACAUCAACAGCAUCAUCAUCAUCAUCAUGCUGUAGAACACGUCCAUUUGUAUGGGAGCUAUAUAAAAAAAGAAAAUUAAUACGUGUUGAUGGUUUACAUGAAUAUUCAAAACGUGCUGCAAAACCAUCAAAUAUUAGAUGUAAUUGUGAUCAUGUAUUACCAUCAUGUGCAUUAUGUACUGGUAGAAUUGAUCCAACACAACCACAAGAAUCACAUGAACAAUUAUCACUUGCUGAUAAAAUAGCACUUGUUGAUACAAGUUAUCAUCCUGUAUUAUCAUUUACAGAUGAAAUAUCACAUUGUACACAUUUUAAUUCAAUUAUGAAAUCAUCUGAUUGGCAACAAAGAACAUUACGUGGUUCAAAUAAUAAUAAUAGUAAUAGAUUAUCUAGAAAUAAUAAGGAUAAAGAUACAAUUGAUAAUAAUAAUAGACGUAGUAAUAAAAUUAAAUUAUCUGAUGGUCGUAGUAAUAAGUAUACAACAUUAUCAUCAACAUCAACAUUAACGCCAACAACACCAACAGCACUAGCAACAACAACAACAACAUUAUUAACAACACCAAUAUCAACAGCAACAACAACCACACCAUCAUCAUUAGCGUUAACAUCAUCAUCAUCACGUAUUAAAAAAUCAUCAUUAUUAACAGCUAGAAUAACAAGAAAAGAUAAAGGAAAAAAAGAUUCAAGUACACGUAGAAAUAUUAUUGGUAAAAGAAAAAUAAAAACACAUUUAAAUGAUUAUUAUGAUGAUGAUGCAAGUAUAUAUUCAAGUUCAAGUAAACAUUCAUCACCUGUAUCAUCACCAUUACCAAUAAUGAAUUCUGUAACAAUACCAUUAACACAUAUAACAUCAACAGCAAUAACAACGAUAACAACACAAUCAACAACAACAACAACACCAAUAACAACGAAUACUGAUAGGCAUACUAAAGAAAAAACAACAAAUUCACAUAAAAGAUUAAGACGUGGUUCUUAUGAUAUUGAUAAUAUUGUUAUACCAUAUAGUGUUGCUGCAUCAGCUAAACCAGAAAAAUUACAAUACAAAGAAAUAUUAACACCAAAGUGGAGAUUAUGUGGUGAUAUGAUUAAACAAGAUUUAAAAAAUGGUAUUUUACAUAGGCCUAGUCAAGAUAGUGAUUCAGAAGAUGUAUCAGAAGAGACAAUUGCCUUGAGACAUGAAAGAAGUGAAAGAGAAGAAAAUAAACGUUUUAUGAAUUAUAUUAAUAGGCUACCACAAGGUAGACUACGUCAUCCACGAAGAGCUGAUAGUAGAGCUGAUAGUGGUGCAAAUACACCAGAUCCAAUGUCACCGCAAACUGGUGAUUUUGGUGGUGAUGUAACAUCACCACCAGCAACACCAUCUUGUAUACAAGAAACAGAACAAAAUAAUAUUAUUGAUGUACAUAAAAAUUCAUCAUUACAAUAUGCUGUAAGACGUCGUACAUAUUCAUCAUCAAUGAGAAUACGUGAUGAAAAUAUAAAUUCAAUUGCUGAUGAUGAACAUGAAGUUUUACCAUAUGAUCCAAGAUUAUUUCCAUUGACUGAAGACAUUUAUGAUAAAAUGUUACAAGUUAUGCCAGAUGGACAUUGGCAAACAUCAGAUGAAACAUUAUGUUUACCUGAAGAAGAAAAACCCGAUGAUGAGGCAGAAAUUGAUUCACAUGAAUCAGAUACAACUGAAUCAGCAUAUUUUGAUGCUGAAGGUGAUGCUGAAGAUCCAAAUGAUCCAGAAUGGACUGUGGGUGAUGACAGGGAUGCUGAAAAAGAAAGAAUACGUCCGACAGCUAAAAGAUAGGAAAUAUUUAUUCAAAUUAUUUCUUAUCAUAAGCUGUUGUGUCGUACUCCUUUCCCUUUUUUUUUUUUUUUUUUUUCAUAUUUUACUUUUUACUUUCCUUACUAUUAUCAUUAUUGUUUUUUCUUUUUUUAAAUUUUUUAAAAUACCUGUCAAUUGUUAUUAAAGAAAAAAAAAAUUGUGUCGAUUAUGUGACAUGCACCUUAAGUUAAUAGUAUUACGAUUCUGUAAAGUGUAUUAUAAAUAUAAAUUUUAUAACUUCAUUUAAUCGCUUAUAAAUUAAUAAGAGAAAAAAAACAUGAAAAAUUAAAAAAAAAAAAAAAAAAAAAACAAAAUUUACAAUACAAUAGAAUGAUAAGAAACAAAAAACAAAAAAACAUAAAAAAAAAAUACUAAAUAACGAAAAAAAAUUAUUAUUAUUAAACCUCAGUUGCUUAGAUACGUGAUUUAGAUGAAUAAAUAAAAAAAAAAACAAAAAUUAAUUAUAAAUAUUAGGCUUAAGGUUCAAAUGAAAAUGAAAAAAAAAAAAAACAUUGAUAAACAAAAGAAAAGUUUUACUUAAUCAGGGAAGUUAUUAAAUUAUUUUAAUCAAUUAUAUGCUUUUCUUUUUUUUUUUUUCUCUAAUUUAAAAUUUAAUCGUUAAAAAAUUUGGUUCCUUUGUUGGAUACUAUAAACAUUGUACACUUCCAUACGUCAUAUUUUAGUUUUUAUAUUUGUAGAAAUAUUUUUUUUUGUUUAACAAAAAAAAUAAUAGUCAUCUCUUAUAUUUGUUUUUAUUGUUUUCCUUCUUUUUUUUUUCACCUAGCUUUAUUUAAAUCUACUGGUAGAUGAUUCAAUCACACUUUAAUUAAAUAAAACAACCGCGAUUUCGAAUCUCAAUGAAAAUUGGC